AACAGAAGAAGCGGAAGAAUAAUUUUCCAUCUGGCACUUGCCGCCCAAACUCUCCCCUCUCCUUUCUUCUCUCUCGCUACUGUCACGGACGUACGGUCGACUUCUGCUUGAAUUUGCACGUCAAUGGCUGCCAGUAAACCGUCGUCAUCUUUUGAUUCCAUGGCGUUGGAUAAAGACUGCUCAAUUGUCCUUGAGCUAUCUGAAAGUGACCCUCUUUUUGAUACAAAGAAGAAAUUGCUACAAGAUAAGGGAUUUAAUACAAGGCAACAAAUCAAUGUUAAGGGGUCUUCAAAUCCUAAUUGGCUCAGUACCACCGUGGAAGUAAUGCUUCAGAUAGCAACAAUCAUAAAAUCAACUGAGGCAGAGCUUUAUUUUGGGCAAGAUCAACCAAUGGAAUCAUAUGGUCCCAGGAAUGAACUUGAGGCUCUCAAUUUAAUCCUUCAGCUUGUUGAAGCCUCAUUCUUUGGUGCAUGUCAAAUGCAAAAGAAUGUCCUGCAAGAACUACACAAUGUAAUUGUUGAUAUGAUUUGUCAGUCUUCUGACAAGCACCGUCCAAAGACUACAAUUGUAGAAGGCUACAACUCUGAUAAAGAAAAGCAAUUGUUACAAUGGGGUGAAAACAAUGGCAUCAAAACAAGGUUGCAGAUAGUUUAUGUUGAAGGGGCUGGCAGAGGAACCAUAGCUAAGGAGGAUCUGAAAGUCGGUGAUACUGCUCUGGAGAUCCCAACAUCUUUAAUAAUCUCCCAGGAGCUUGUGCAAGCUGAUAUGUAUCAUGUAUUAGAGAAGUUUGAAGGCAUUACCCCUGAGACGAUGUUGUUGUUGUGGAGCAUGAAGGAGAGGCACAAUUGUAAUUCAAAAUACAAGAUGUACUUUGACACACUUCCUGAAGAAUAUCAUACUGGGUUGAGUUUUGGAGUCAAGGCGAUGAUGGCUUUGGGUGGAACCAUGCUGUUGGAUGAGAUAACAGAAGCAAAAGAGCAUUUGCAUGCUGAAUAUGAUAAGCUCUUCCCUGCACUGUGCAACGAGCAUCCUGAUAUCUUUCCACCGGAGCUUUACAAAUGGGAGCAAUUCUUGUGGGCAUGCGAACUGUGGUACUCAAAUAGCAUGAAAAUCAAGUUUCCUGAUGGAAAGCUAAGAACAUGCUUGAUUCCAGUUGCUGGCUUUCUGAACCAUUCACUAUACCCACAUAUAGUGAACUAUGGCAGAAUAGAUGCUUCAGGAAAUACCUUGAAAUUCUGUCUAUCAAGAUCAUGCAGUGCAGGACAAGAAUGCUGUCUUAGUUAUGGAGAUUUCUCCAGUUCUCAUCUAGUUACCUUCUACGGCUUUAUACCACAAGGAGAGAACCCACGCGAUGUCAUUCUACUAGAUUUUGGUUCUGCCCAAGAUGAAUUUACUGAUGGCACCAUAUCCAACUGGUCCACUCACAUGGUGCGGGGUACUUGGUUCUCAAAGAAUCGCGAUAUUUUCUACUAUGGCCUGCCCUCCCCAUUGUUGGACUUCCUAAGGAGGGCUCAUAGUCCCGUGCCGCAUACUAAGGCCCUUCUGCUGGAAAAUUUGAAGAUUGAAAUUGAAAUUCUUGAAAAUCUGCUCUCUAUCUGUAAUGAUAUGAUGGAUGAACUUGGUGAUCCCGACCUUGAUGACAGAAAAAGCACUAAUUGGGAUGUAAAGCUGGCAGUGGAGUUCAAGGAUAUACAGAGAGGUAUCGUCUCUUCAGUUUUAACUUCGUGCUACUGUGGCCUCAAACAGGUGAAACACGAAUUGUCUGAAAUGGACGGCUGACGGAAUUGUCUGAAAUUGGUGAAAGACGAGAGGGUCGAACCAAAUGUAAGUUACAAAAGAAGAAAAGCAUUUUAGUAAGUGAGUUGAAACAAAAGUCCGUCUCCCCUCCCUCCAACCAGUCACCUUAUAGGAGUGAUUGGGAUAAUCUUCAUUGAUCUAAUUGUUUUACAUAUCUUUCGAUUCUGUAAUCUAUUAACUUUUUUUAUUUUUGUUAAAACGAUAGAUUUUAUUUGAUUAGAUGUUAGAUUAGGAGUCAACGGGGUUCGAACCCACACCAAGAUGCAAGGGCACAACUCUUUUUCACCGAUGUGGUAAAGUGCCACUUGCAAUCUAAUAACAUUUGACCAUGGUCAUAUAUUUAUAAAUAAUUGAUGA